AAGUGCUGUUGUUCUCAAACUCCAGCUCUUAGCCUUGCCAAAUAUGAUUCAUUUCAACUCCAAGUCUUUUCCAACUAAAUCUACACACCUCGAAGGAACGCAGUGUGUUGGAUUUGCUUGUUAUGAGGAAAUGUCACCCACUGGAAAAGCAUAAGAGGAUGCAGCUGUUUUUCCAGAGGAGCCUUUCAGAAAACCUUAAGGAGAGCAUCCAGGAGAUGAAAAGGAGCUGAGAGAUCAUGAUGUCUAUCAUGUUUGGGAAAACAAGAACGUGCAACAUUGUUCCUGAACAUGAACCUGCAGAAUGCAAUAUCGUAGUUCUGGGAGCAAUGGGCUCAGGCAAAUCAGCUCUCACAGUGAAGUUCCUCACAAAGCGUUUUAUUAGUGAAUACGACCCAAACCUCGAGGACACUUAUUCCUCAGAGGAAAUGGUGGACCAACAACCAGUUCUUGUCAAAAUAAUGGACACAGCGGACCAGGAUGGACCGGUGAACUGUGAUCGCUACUUGGCCUGGGCCAGUGCAUUUCUCAUCGUCUACAGCAUUGAUAACAGACUCAGUUUCGAAGUGUGUCAACAGUAUGUGGAGGCUGUGACACUAUACACCAAAGGCCUGCAGCCUGAGGCUCCCAUCAUUUUAGUGGGAAACAAAUUGGACAUGGAGAGAUACAGACAAGUGAACAAGACAGAUGGUGCGACCCUGGCUGCCCGUUUCGGCUGCCUGUUUUUUGAGGUGUCUGCCUGCCUGGACUUCGUGUCUGUGCAAAACGUGUUUUAUGAAGCAGUUCGGGAGGUGAGGCGUGAAGCAGAAAGGAAUCUUUCACUACGGCCUCUUUACAUCAGUGAAGACAAAACACCAAUCAGCCUCUCCUCUGCCUCGCUUCUCUCACCCUGCUAUAAGGAGCUACCCACUCCAGCCACAGCCAAGCUGGUGACUGUGAAGUCCUCAAGGGCUCAGAGCAAGCGAAGAGCCCCCACACUGACCCUCCUCAAAGGCUUCAAGAUCUUUUGACUCAACACUGCCCCCUUAUGGUCUUGGGAGAUACAGUCAGACUUGAGGAUGCUUGUUAGACAUUGGCCUGCUGAUGGCAUGCCAUGAGGGUAACUUAGGAGCGCACAACUUUGUUCACGUGUGGAGUGAGGCUAUAAAAACUAUGUCAAACUACCUUUAGUAUCUUUUAAUUAGUUUUUUUAGCUGUUUACUGUUUAUGAACCAUAUUCUGAUUGUAUUAGCUUAGUAAAAUUGCUUUAUUCAGCACAUUAGAGAUAUUU